AUCUACAGGGACCCUGCCAUGUUGCGGGGCGGGGAGAGCAGUGGAGCUGAGAAGAGGGCUUUCUUAAAAACCUUUCCAGUCCCUUCUCUGUUUAUCUCGAUUUACCGCCAGGGGGCACAGUCUGGAAAUGACUCCCCUGGAAGUAAGGCGCUUCCCGAUUGGUCCUGACAACCACGUGGCCCUCCCGUGAUUGGCUAUAAGGACAGAGAACUCUGCUGUUACUCAGGCUUCGUUCAGGGACACCCGACAAACACUCGCACCCCCUUAUCCGACGGUGUCCCGGGAGCACGUGUGGUCCAACUGCCCGGGAACAGGCCUGAGUGUGGCCCCAGAAGUGACCUGAAUCUCCUGUCCGCUAGGGGCCGUGCCUGGCCCCCCGCGAGUGGGAUGGAUACCCCCGUCCUGGGAAGGGAUGGGGCCGCGUCCAGCUGUGCAGCUGUUCGAUGCACCCCAGGCCGCUCGAGUUUCCCCCCCGGGUCUGCUGCAGCGGCUGAACCAGCAUCGCAGGCGUUCUUGGGCUAAAUAAGGAGACCGCAUAGGUCAGGGAGCUGGGGCUGGGGUGCCGGGGGGGCUAAGCGCAACCACGUCAAACAAGGCAAGGAGGGGAGCGAUGUAUAAAACCGAGGCCCGGGGCUGAGCACCUGCCCGCGGCCCCACUGUGCCAUUCGGAAGGGCUCGGUGCAGCCAGCUACCCAGCCGGUCAACCCAAGUCCCAAAGUCGCCCCUCCACGGUGAGUCCCGAUCUCCAGACCAGCCCCUAACUCUCCCAUCCUCAGGAAGUUCUGACAAGGCUGGGACAGGGCUGAAGGUCGGAGCCUCUCCCUCAGCCUGUCCUCAUAUUUGUUGUCCGCUCCUCAGAUGUCCAAAGCAGCUCCUCCCAAAAAACCAGCGCCUGCGGCCCCGCCCCCGGGUUGUACCCUGGAUAUCAAGGACCCCAAGGUCCGGAGCGCGGCCAUUCGCAUCCAGGCCUCUUACCGCGGCCACAGGUCCCGGAAGGAGCUGCGCGAGAAGGGGCCGCCGCGGGUGCUGGAGCCUCUGAAAGUGAUCGAGGGCAGCGCGGCCGAGCUGACUUGCCGCAUCUCGGCUUUCCCGGACCCGUUCAUCCGCUGGAGCAAGGACGGCAAGGAGCUACGCGACGGGCCCAAGUACCGCUACGUCUUCGAGGAUCCUGACCUAGUGGCUUUGGUGGUGCGUGACGGAGAACUGGCUGACCUGGGCCAGUAGAUCAACGUAACCAGUCCCUUCGGCCAGUGCUCCGACUCGGCACGCAUCCUCGUAGAAGUCCCGGCGAAGAUUCAAAAGGGACCGGAUAACACCAAGGCGCGCACAGGCACCACGGUGACGCUGACUGCGCAGAUCAUGGGCGAGCCUGCGCCAGACGUGGGGUGGAGCAAGGACGAGGACAUCGAGGAGGAUGACAGGGUGUUCUUCGAGAUCGGCAGCACCACCACGACGCUGACCAUCCGCAGGGCCACUCCGGAAGACAGCGGCAAGUAUGAGGUGUUUGUGGAGAACAGCCUGGGCAUGGACCAGAGCUUCGCUCGCGUGGACGUGGCCUGAAAGGGUCCCGCAGACCUCUCCCUGGUUCCAAGUCCAGGGGCGAGUGGGACCCACAAUCUUCCUUCGUCUUGUUUAAUAAAGCUGUUCCCUCUGACCCCCUCGUCUGUUCUAUUCUUUAGCGUCGCCAUUCCCUCUCCCCAGAUCCAACACCUGCACCCACAAUUAUUCCAUACCCACCAAGGUCACGGAACGUUGGGGUCAGAGGGAGUUUCGAAGAGUGCGUACCCCAGUGCUUCGUUUUACAGGUAGUACACCGGAGACGGACUUUCUCCACUGUCUCUUGCUCCUACACUUCCCGGUGGGUGGGCAGUGGAAACAGUGACUCCGCCUUCUCGCGGUUCGUAUCGCUCCAGCCCCACCCCUGGCGGCCAUUCGCGCUCUGGCCCAGGCCCUUCGGCAUUGGCCACACCCCCCCUCAUUUCCAGCUCCGCUUCUCCCUGGGACCUAGUUCUCUACUUGGAGUGCUGCCCCUGCGCUAGCUCUCUCUCAGACACUUCGGGCUGCUGCUAACGUUAGGUCCCAGCCUCGGCUUCUCAGGCCCCAACCCCUCUUCUCACCUAGACCUGCCCCCUGGAUCUUUUGGCCACGCCCCGCAUCCUCCCAUAAAUUCCACUUUUAUCCUUUCUCAGAGAGUUAAAAAAAAAAAAAAAAAACCAAACCCG